CUAAAUACCCUUUGAACUUAUUGGUGAAAGGAUAGUAUGGGAAAACAUAGCACACAUAUUGCAUUUAGUAUAUCAAUUAAUAAAGUUGGUGCAAAAUUCUUGAAAUUCGAGAACAAGCUAUAUAUGUAGUAUAACAUGACACCACAAUUAAUUAAUUAAAAUGUUGGGUAGAAAUGAGAGGUAACAAAUUUUCAUCAUUAGAAAAUAUAUUCACCAACCCAUCGAUCACUCCAUUAGGACUAAUAAUAUUUAUAAUUGGAUUUUAUCUUCUUCCCUUAGCAAAUUCCCAACAUUUGGUAUCAGAGCCUUGUUUGUCGAGGUCAGAGUCUCCAUCGUUGUCAAGCAGCACCACAACGAAGGAGAAAGGUAGGCUGCCCGGUAAGUUGCGCCGCCGGCAGCAAGGAGGUGAUGGCCAUGGUGCGGAGGCCAUUGCCAUGAAGACAUCGUCGUCCAUGUGUGAGUCGUCGACAAGAUGCGGCAUCGACGACAACAUGAAGGCGAGACACCGACGAGUUGCGUCACCGGUGGCGACCAUGAAAGCGAGUCAUCGGCAAGUUGUGUCAUCGGUGACAACAAGGAGGCAGGUCACCGGCGAGUUGCGACACCGGUGAUGAACAUGUGCGGGUCGUUGACAAGGUGCGUCAUCGACGUCAACAUGGUGGAGAUUCACCGGCGAGUUGCGACACUGGUGGCGAACAUGCAGCAGCGAGCGUGUCACGACGGCGCGCUCAUGGUGAAAGCGUAGGAGGUGCGUCUCUCGUCGAGGCCAACGGCGACAUCGUCAAAUCGGUGCGGGAAGAUGGCAAUGACGGCCGUCUACAUGUUGCAUCGACAAGAUCGACGACAACGGGCUUCAAGAGAGAAAUAAGUAAUAACAAGAUUAGGGAGGUGAUUGUCGGAACUAAUCGUGUUAUUAGUGCUAGAUUAUUAGAUUAGUUAUUUGCAUGGGUUGGUAAUUAAUUAUGCAUGUGUAGUAAGUAGUGGGUGAGUGGGUCUAUUAGUGGAGUUAGUAAAGAUAUUAGUGGUUAAUUAGUUAGUGUCUUAGUGGCUUGUUACAAGCAAGGUACGUGGGUGUGUGAGUCCUCUAUUUAAAGUUGUAAUUAUUAUGAGAAAAUAUGAGAAGAGAUGCUUUGAGCACCAAGAAAAGGAGCUACGCAUGGGUUUUAUUCCUAAGCUUUAACAAGUUACGUUUGGAUUUUAUCUUCUUCCCUUAGCAAAUUCCCAACAAUUUUAGUCUUCAUAUAUGUAUCUGCUUUGCUCUUUCCACUUGAAGCUUCCAGUCGGUUAAGGAGAGCAAGAGCAUGAGAAAUGAGAAAGGUGCAGGAGGUUUGGGCCGCCAGAAGGCCCAACCAAAGCCCAACUAAGCCCAUUUUCACCGCGAAGCCCAAAAAUAGAACCACUAGCAUUCUCACCGGGCAAAAGACCCAAGUUUAUAUUAGCUCUGCUGGCCGGCCGGGCUGUCCCUCUCAGAACCCUGAACCCCUUAUCCCGUGGUCUGUAGGAUGUUCCCGAGCUCGCAAAGCCCUGCUACAGGCAAUGCAACCGCCGUGAGUUCAAAAACCUCCCUCCGGGUUCUUGAACCAAUCACGAAGGCGUAAAAAGUCUCCCCCACCCCCACCUCAUGACCACCGUGAAUGCCAUCUCCGUCACUUCUAACCCGAAAGCCAAAGCCAUGAAAAUGAUCAUGGAGAUUCUGGCUCGGGCAGGACGCUUGGCACCAGUGGCGGAGCUAGGAGAGGGCCCUAGGCCCUAGCCCACCCUAAUUUAAAAAUGCCUUUUAGUGUACUUUUUUAGAAAAUGUAUUCUUUGUACCGGUCUAGUGUCGUCCGGUGCUCUAGCUCCACACCUGGUUGGCGCCGAGCUCAUUCCUGGCUCUAGUCAAAACCCCGAGGCUCAGCGGUGAUGUGAGUUCUCUAGCAGUAUAGGGUAUAAAUACGAGUAUCUUAUCCACAGAGACGGAAAAAGGGAAUCAAAAAUUAAAUAAAUUCAACGAUAAAAAAAAUAAAAUAAAUAAAAUGCGAUGUGUGCA